UCGCAACUAGAAAACGUAGAGAGUUAAAACCCUACAAGACCGAAAUGACCUCGAAAGAACGACGGUGAUGCUUCAUCCCGCAAAAGCUCGCAUGAGAGGCGCAUCGACUGCGAGCUUCGUGCGUUUUGCCAUGCACCAGGCGCUAUGUCAUCGUCCUCGACAGCCGUCAUUGUCGCACUUAUCGCAUCUAAGACGGCAGACCACAGCCGCAGUCGCGCAAUCUUCCAACGAACCUCUGAAUGAACCUCUCAAUGAACAUCCCAAUGAAUCUACACCUGUGCGCUCGGGUAGCCUUGCCAUCACCUCCGGUGCUCGAUUCAACGAAAUAAAGGUACAACAAGUCAGUCAUCACAUAUAUAAACAAAUUUUCCCGUCAGGUGACAAGAAACCACCACCACCACAAGAACUCGUGGAUUUGUCGAAAGACCACCUCACUCGUCAUAAUCUCAUUGGAAAGAAUGCCGAUAAUAAUGCGCCAAUUGCGUUUGACGUGCCUCCGCUUCAGGGCGAGACCAAGACCUUGGACGAGCAUUUCUAUAAAUUAGGAAUUGACAGCGCCGAGCCGUUCCUGUCAAAAGCGAAAGAAUUUGCGAGACAGAACGUCCCGCCGCGACCGAAGGAAUGGGUGAGACAAAGCGGUUGGACAAAAUAUACUCCCAACGGGCCGCCGGAACGUGUCGAGUAUCCUGAUGCCGAUAUGCUAUGUUUCGACGUCGAGGUUAUGUGGAAAGAGAGUUCCUUUGCAGUUAUGGCGUGUGCUAUGAGCCCGACGACUUGGUACGCAUGGCUAUCGCCUUGGCUACUUGGUGAAUCCGAAUCGGAUAGGCAUCUAAUCCCCUUGGGCGACCCAACCAAGGACCGCAUUAUCGUCGGUCAUAAUAUCGGGUACGACCGAGCGAGGAUCCUUGAAGAAUAUGACUUAAAACAGACAAGGAACUCAUUCCUUGAUACCAUGUCGCUGCAUGUUGCGGUCAAUGGUAUGUGUUCGCAACAGCGACCAACGUGGAUGAAGCACAAGAAAAGUAGGGAACUUCGAGACAAGAUUGCCAAAGAAACGGACAAUAUCGAAUUAGCAAACCUGUUGGCGAGCAGCCGAGAAGACGAAGAAGAACUUUGGGUCGAACGCAGUUCGGUCAAUUCUCUUCGCGACGUCGCCAAGUUCCAUCUUAACGUCACUAUCGACAAAGCGGCUCGAGACCACUUUGGGGAGUUGGAUAGGGACGGCAUCUGCAGCAAGCUAGACGAGCUACUCGAUUACUGUGCGGCAGAUGUGGCGGUUACUCACAGAGUCUUCGGGAUUGUAUUCCCUAAUUUCCUUGGGGUCUGCCCUCACCCUGUCAGCUUUGCUGCCUUGCGACAUCUAUCUUCCGUAAUUCUUCCUGUCAACAAGUCCUGGGAUGAGUAUGUCGCCAAUGCAGAAGCCACUUACCAUAGACUCUCCAAUGAUGUGCAGCAACGCCUAAUUUCGCUCGCAGAGAAGGCAUUGGAGAUCAAGGACGAUGCUAACAAAUGGGGUAACGAUCCCUGGCUGAAACAGUUGGAUUGGUCCGGUCAAGAGAUUAGGAUGGUCAAAGGAAAGAAAAAGAACGAUCCUCCUAGGCCCGCCGCUCGCCAGAAGAAACCAGGGAUGCCUAAAUGGUAUAAGGACUUGUUUCCGAAGAGUGAUGCGCCCAUCAACCUCACAGUCAGAACUCGAAUUGCACCAAUUCUUCUUCGGCUCACGUGGGAUGGUUAUCCCUUGGUCUGGUCUGAUAAAUAUGGCUGGACUUUUAGGAUACCACUUGCGGACAUGGCAAAAUAUAGUUCGACGCAACUUGUACGAUGUGACCUCUCAGACGAAUCUAUAGAGGCUUUGAAGAACGACGUGACCGGGCUCUAUUUCAAGUUACCCCAUAAAGAUGGUCCGACGACGAGAUGCGGGAGCCCGUUAGCGAAGAGUUAUCUUGUAUACUUUGACAAGGGAACAUUAUCAUCCGAAUAUCCACUAGCGAAAGAAGCUCUUGAUAUGAAUGCAUCAUGUUCUUAUUGGAUUAGUGCUCGGGACAGAAUCCAUUCUCAAAUGGUUGUUUACGAAAAGGAGAAAUCUAAAGAUGGACAGGAACCAAAUGAAAACAGCGACAGCAAUAAUGGCUAUAUUUUACCUCAGGUCAUUCCUAUGGGUACUGUCACCCGAAGGGCGGUCGAAAAUACUUGGCUGACCGCUAGCAAUGCAAAGAAGAACCGGGUUGGAUCUGAGUUAAAAGCAAUGGUCAAAGCGCCACCAGGUUAUUGCUUUGUGGGCGCUGAUGUUGAUUCGGAAGAAUUAUGGAUUGCUAGCGUUGUUGGGGACGCCACAUUCAAACUCCAUGGCGGUAAUGCUAUUGGUUUUAUGACACUCGAAGGCACAAAAGCCGCAGGAACCGAUCUGCAUUCCCGCACCGCUUCCAUCUUGGGCAUCACACGUAAUGACGCCAAGGUUUUCAAUUACGGUCGCAUUUACGGAGCUGGGCUCAAGUUUGCCGCCACCUUGCUCAGGCAGUUUAACCCUAACCUCUCAGAGCAAGAAACAACAGACAUCGCUGGAAAAUUAUAUACCGCGACGAAGGGCGCGAAGACAAAUAGGAAGGCACUCUAUAAACGACCUUUUUGGAGAGGUGGCACAGAGUCGUUUGUCUUCAACAAGCUCGAAGAGUUUGCGGAACAAGAACGCCCGCGGACGCCCGUUCUCGCCGCCGGUAUCACCGAGGCGCUGAUGGGAAGAUAUAUCAGUAAGGGAGGCUACCUGACCUCUCGCAUUAACUGGGCAAUUCAAUCAUCGGGUGUGGAUUAUCUCCACCUUCUAAUUGUCUCGAUGGAUUACUUAACUCGACGUUUCAACAUUGACGCACGCCUCGCUAUCAGCGUUCACGACGAAAUUCGCUACCUCGUCAAGAACGAAGAUAAAUACAGAGCUGCUAUGGCUCUUCAGGUUUCUAACCUCUGGACACGCGCAAUGUUCUCCCAACAAGUGGGCAUCGAUGAUCUACCGCAAUCAUGUGCCUACUUCUCCGCAAUUGACAUCGAUCAUGUUCUGCGCAAGGAGGUGGACAUGGAUUGCGUGACGCCCAGCCACAGCAUUCCCAUUCCACCCGGCGAGAGCAUCGACAUAACCCAACUGCUCGAAAAAGGAAACGAAGCAUACCUCGACCCCAACAUCGUCCCAGCAAAGCACGCCCCACGACUAGACCACAUCCCAUACACGCCUAGGACACCCGUCAUGAAGGAGCUCAACGACUCGCAAGAUCUCAAGGACCUCAGCUUCCUAAAGGCCCAGAUCUCAAGCAGCGACGAAGAGCUCAAGGAAAUUCUUAAAGGCCAGAAAAAGGCGUCCGGUGGUACCGGGGGAUCGGCCACCGGGACGGUAAAGAAACCCAGGCAGAAGCUGGUCCCGUAUGCCUCGCAGGCUCAGCUCAUGCCGCAUAUGUACCAGCCCUUCGAGGCGAAGUUCACGUCUAGGAAGGACUUCCCCAAGGAAGAGUCUUGGACUUUCGAGGGCAUGCCGCCGCGGGUUAUGAGGGGUAGUGGGCCGAGAUUGUGAUGUUGGUGUGUUGGACUGGGGGUUUGGCACUGCUGUUGACACAGCGUUAUUUUUCUUCUUCUUCUUUUCGCGGAUUGUCGUCUUCGCUAUGUAUUAUCAGGUACCCGGGGAUGCGGCAUGUGUUAUGUGUGGCA